AUGACCAACUCAGGUGCAAACGCCACAUCCAGUGGCCAACGUACCCCCGGUUUUGACAGUUUCCUUGCCAGUGGCCCACCCAGUGUCUCGCGUGGCAAUGGCAACUAUCUGUCGCUCGGUCUGUUCCCCACGCCCCGCCUGACCGACCGGACGCCUGGUGGAGGCGACGACGCCAUGAUGAGCGACUACAUUAAGCUCAUGGGCCCCGACACGCCCAUGAACUUCCACCAUAACGGCCACUUCGGCGGCGGCACCACGCCUCUACUCGAGAACCUUGGCAACGUCUUCGAGCACAACCAAAACAACCAGAACAGCGCCAACCACGCGCCGCGUAAUCAUAUGGCGGCAAUGGCGGCCGCCGCGGCUGUGCACGGCAAUACGCAACAGAGAAUGAAGAUGGACUUCUUGUCGCCACGCGGUCUGGCGGCCCACAACUUCCAAAGCCAGGGAUUCCCCACUCAAACUUCUGGUGAAGGGAUGGGUUCAAACGGUGGUCCGUCCGUAUCUUCGGACUACGCGGCCCAAUUCUUUGUGGACAAUAAGAACGACAAACGUGGCCACAUGAAGACAUCGAGUGUCUCAGCAGCCACUACCCCUACUCCCAAGCCGACCGGUGUCACCGCCGCCUAA